CGCCUCUGCCCACGCGCGGGAGGGCGGACGGUGAGGGAAGGGGGCGGCUUGGCAGUUGGUAUAAACCAGUCAGCACCAGCUCGGAGAGAUCCACGUUUGAGUUCCUGGUCUGAUUCUUUAAAAAAAAAAAAAAAAAUGUCAGGCCAGAAACUUAAGUCCUUGAUGAGACUUCAGGGACACUUGGUGUGGGUAAUGGUGUUUAGAGGGUGUGUUUGCCAUGACUGACUACUGCCAUCCCCACCCGAGUAGAAAGAAAAGCAGAGUGCUGGCUCGGCCAGUGUAACCCGUAGUCUUUCAAGUUUUUUUGGCAGCGCUUUGGAGAUCCCGAGGAUCUGUAUCUUGCUUCAACAGUGUUUGGACGGAACAGACCCGGGGACUACCACUUUAUUCACUUCCAGCCGCCUUACAAGUCUCUCCAGUCGCAGCCUCCGGGACCAUCUCCUUGCCGCCUUCGGCUCCUAGGACCAGCCAGCCCCGUCUUCGCGGUUAGCUCCAUACUCCGGAUCAGCCAUGACCUCUCAGAUUCGUCAGAAUUAUUCCACCGAAGUGGAAGCUGCCGUGAACCGCCUGGUCAACUUGCACCUGCGGGCCUCUUACACCUACCUCUCUCUGGGCUUCUUUUUUGAUCGGGAUGACGUGGCUUUGGAGGGCGUAGGCCACUUCUUCCGCGAAUUGGCCGAGGAGAAGCGCGAGGGCGCCGAGCGUCUCCUCAAGUUGCAGAACGAACGCGGGGGCCGUGCACUCUUCCAGGAUGUGCAGAAGCCAUCUCAAGAUGAGUGGGGUAAAACCCUGGCGGCCAUGGAAGCUGCCUUGGCCCUGGAGAAGAACCUGAACCAGGCCCUCUUGGAUCUGCACGCCCUGGGCUCUGCCCGCACAGACCCUCACCUCUGUGACUUCUUGGAAAGCCACUUCCUGGAUAAGGAGGUGAAGCUCAUCAAGAAGAUGGGCAACCACCUGACCAACCUCCGUAGGGUGGCAGGGCCACAACCAGUGCAGACUGGCGUGGCCCAGGCAUCUCUGGGCGAGUAUCUCUUUGAGCGCCUCACUCUGAAGCACGACUAGGCCUCUGUGCCUUCCAAGGGGCUCCCUCCUUUGCUCUGCACCGACCGCCUCAGCACCUCCACCCGAAUGAACCUCUAAAGCCACUAGGCAGCUUUGUAACCGCCCUGGAGCCUCUCCCAAGUCUUGGACCAAGUAAAAAUAAAGCUUUUUGAAACAGCAAAAAAAAAAAAAAA